CGUGUCCCGUGAUGUAACACUAAUGGCCUCUCUGUAUAUGUGUUUUCAUUCCGAACUCGUCUUUUUUAAGAAUACGGCCGCCUCGCUCGCUGGUACGUCAUCAGUACGCGCCGCAACCCCCCGCAUAUUUGCAUAUUUUUCCUUUUAUUUUUUUUUUCAGACGUUUUCUCCACUUUCCUGCUUGGCUUUCCUUGUUUGUUUUCUGCUUCGCUUUUCUGCACGGUCCCUCAAAUGGUUUUCCGCACCGAUAACCGAUUCAGGGCGAAGGGAAAUGAACUAAAAUAGCUGGAAGAAUUGGAGGGAGUGUUGCUUUGUGCCCCGGGACGGAUCUGGAAGCGAGAGUGGAAGGGAAGGUCUCUCAGCGGCUCGGUACAAAGAAGGCCCUCGGUGCUGCGGGGCUGACCCGCAGGUCCGGGGUGAAAGGGACUGACCGGAUCAGUGACGGGAAAGCGGAGGAUUCUCGCCUAGCCGUCCGUAACCACGGGAACUAGGAAGCACACUGGAACUAAACUGGGAGCCUUCUGGAACUCUGCUCAAGGAAAAAUUGGAAAACCUGUCUUCAGUUCUCUUUCUGAGCCCUUUCCCGCGGGAACAAAGUGCUUCCCUGGAAUGUUGUCAUGCCCAGCAGCUGGGACGUCAGUCCGGGAUCAGUAAGCUAAGCGCGCCCAGAGAAGAGAAACGCGAUUUGGUCCGUUUCCGAUGUUGCUCCUGCUCUUCGGAGCUUUCCUCGGAUAGCUGGGCAUCCAGGCUGGUGGCUUUCCAGAGCAGAGGCGUCCGCUGUCAAUACCGGCCGCUGCCCAGGCACGGACCCAGAGGCAUCGCGUUCGUCUCACAGGCGGGGCUGCAGGGAAGUGGGGGGACAAGGGAGGGGAGGGGAGCCCCGGGGGGCGGACUCGGGAGCAGACGGGACGGAGGCCGGGCGUUCGGAUCAGGGUACGAGUCUUGCGUCCUUCCCUGAGCUGCUUGCCUGGCGGGUUCAGUCCUGAUCCCUGGCAGUGGGGUCCGUGGUUUCAGAAAGUGCCACGGUCCUGGGAUCUCUGUCGUCCUCUGAAGCCCGCAAGGGGGGGCAGCCUCCGAUGAGACUGCGCUGACAGCCGCGGCCCGACGUCAUGGACUACCCCCUCAACAUCAACGGCUACCCCGGCGUCUACCCCUCACAGGCGCUGCUGGACUACGCCAGCUGCUCUGAGCCUGCGGGGGGCGCCUUCAUCUGCACCGAAUGCGGCGAAGGCUUCGCCCACUACCCCGACCUGCAGAGCCACAUGGCCAUGCACGGACCCCAGGAGCCCGCGAGCGCCCUGCAGUACGGCGCCUACGGGUACCCCGCGCCGGGGAACCCCGAGUACAGCUCGGCCACGGGGUACGGCGCCCCCGUGCAGUUCGCCCUGCAGGAGAACGGGACGCUGAGGGUGGUCGAGUCUCCGGUGGAGUUCGGCGGCUACGCGUUCGGCGCCUCCUCGAAGUCAGACGCCCAAGCCUGGGGGCAGUCGCCCGGCACGGGCCGGACCUCCCGGUCCACACAGACGCAGGACGCCCCUGCGGCGCAGCCGGAGGCCCCAAGACCGGCAGAGAACGGAGCCGGAGGUCCAAACUCAAGCCACCCCCAGGCGGCACCGCCCCAGCCGCCUCCCCGGUUCCGCUGCGAGAUCUGCGGCCGCUCGUUCAACACGCAGCCGGGCCUGCUGCGCCACCAGCGGUACCGCACCUCGGAGCGGGGCUACAAGUGCGCCCUCUGCUGCCAGAGCUUUGUGGCCUCCCUGCCGGAGCGCCCGUCUCGGACCGCGGCCCCCCUCCUGAUCUUCUUCCUCUUGCCUCCGAGCCGGGAGCCCACCUUUCCCGCUUUCUCCGCCUUCCGUGUCUCGCAAAAUCCACCGGGCCACAGACAGCGCGGCCCCGAAACGGAUCCCUUAGAGCCGAUCGAUCCCAUCUCGUCUGGGAUCGUCCAGGGAACGGGCCCCGAGCUGUCUCCCGGCUCCCAGCUGAGCGGAGGCUGGAGUGUGACACACCUCCCGGUCUACGCCAGUCCUGGCCGCCCGGGGCGACUCAAGUGUGGUCAGAACCGGGCAGCCCUCCUGACGGGUGGGCUGCAGAAGCGGCAGUCGCCAGGCAAGGCGCCGUGUCUGGCUGCGGAGCACGCCGAGGACUAA